UGCUGUUGAUCUGAUGAGCUUCAACACGAUAUAUUUGACGCUGAUGUCGGUCAGAAUGGCUCCUCGUCUUCCUCUGAUCUUUCUGCUCAUGAUUCACGUGGUUUCUGCUGGUUGGGGUGUGAGUUACAGUCCUUCACACAUCUGUGCACUAAAGAACUCAUCAGUGAUAAUGAACUGCACUUAUACAUACCCUACUGGAUAUAAGAUUUGGAAAGUGUUCUGGACCAAAAACCCUGUAAAGGGUGAAGACUAUCCAGAUCUGUCUGAGGAUCCUGAAUACAGUCAGAGGCUUCAGUAUCUGGGAGACAAACAGCAGAACUGCACCAUCAGACUGAGUCAUGUGACACAGAAGGACCAACACAUGUACUGUUUCAGAUUCAUCACUGAUAAACCUGAUGGAAAAUGGCUUGGUGUUCCAGGAGUGAAUCUUACUGUGACAGAUCUUCAGGUGGAGGCUCCUGAGAGAGUGACAGAGGGUCAUAAUGUCCGUCUGACAUGUAAAAGCAGCUGCACUCUGACUGACAGAGCAACAUUCAUCUGGUACAGAAACUCACAGCCAUUAACUGAGAGAAGAGACAGAAACAAUCAACUCCUGCUGCAGUCAGUCAGAAGAGAGGAUGCAGGCAGAUACAGCUGUGCUCUACAUGGACACACUUACAUCUCUCCUGCUGCUCAGCUCAAUGUCACCUAUCCUCCAGAGAAUCCUGUGAUCUCCAUCAGUCCAUCUGUAAUAGUGGAGGGAGAUUCAGUGACUCUGAUCUGCAGCAGUGACUCAAUCCCUCCUGCAGAAAUCAGCUGGUUUAAAGGAGGAAUGAUUGUAGGAUCUGGAAGAAUCUACAGCAUCUCAAAGAUCAGAUCUGAUCACAGUGAAGAAUACAAGUGCAAGUCCAUCAAUGAACAUGGAGAGAAAUACUCUGAUGCUUUGACUCUAAACGUCAUGUAUAUUAGUAUAUUAAAUUGGAUCUCUGAUCCUGACACAUAUACAGCUCUUGAGCUCAAGUCCACGACCUCUGACCUCUACAACACACUCACAUCUCCAUUAAAGCUGAAGUCAUUCACACUAAGAUCAUUAAUAACAAUUCAUAUAUUUUUAGAAGAUUAUAUUAAUAUUCCCUUUAAUAAGUCACUGUUUUUAAGUAGUGCAGAGUAUUAUCAUGUUAUGGUCCAGUUUAACUUCUGUGUUUCAGUGGUUUCUGCUGGUUGGGGUGUGAGUUACAGUCCUUCACACAUCUGUGCACUAAAGACCUCAUCAGUGAUAAUGAGCUGCACUUAUACAUACCCUACUGGACAUAAGAUUGAGAAAGUGUUCUGGACCAGAAACCCUGUAAAGGCUGAAGAGCCUCCAGAUCUGUCUAAGGAUCCUGAAUACAGUCAGAGACUUCAGUAUCUGGGAGACAAAGAGCAGAACUGCACCAUCAGACUGAGUCAUGUGACACAGAAGGACCAACACAUGUACUAUUUCAGAUUCAUCACUGAAAAACAUGAUGGAAAAUGGACUGGUGAUCCAGGAGUGACUCUUACUGUCACAGAUCUUCAGGUGGAGGCUCCUGAGAGAGUGACAGAGGGUCAUAAUGUCCGUCUGACAUGUAAAAGCAGCUGCACUCUGACUGACAGAGCAACAUUCAUCUGGUACAGAAACUCACAGCCAUUAACUGAGAGAAGAGACAGAAACAAUCAACUCCUGCUGCAGUCAGUCAGAAGAGAGGAUGCAGGCAGAUACAGCUGUGCUCUACAUGGACACACUUACAUCUCUCCUGCUGCUCAGCUCAAUGUCACCUAUCCUCCCAGGAACGUCUCAGUGUCCAUCAAUGGAUCUGGUGUAAUAGUGGAGGGAGAUUCAGUGACUCUAAUCUGCAGCAGUGAUUCAAACCCUCCUGCUCUGAACUUCAGCUGGUUUAAGGAGAAUCAAAGCUCAGCUGUUGGAUCUGGACAGAGUUUCAGUGCACUACAGAGUGGACGCUUCUACUGUGAGGCUCACAAUCAACAUGGAUCUCAGAGAUCAGACGCUGUUACUGUCACAGUUCAUCCUGGAGCUGAUAGGAAUGUGAUUGUGAUCGCAGCAACAUCUGGAGGAUUAUUCAUCACCAUCAUCAUCAUCAUCAUCAUAUGGUUUAUAAUGAGGAAACAAAGGAGUGUAAAAACUGAAGAUUUCACAGUGAAACAGAAUGAUCUCUACUCUGAUGUUCCAGUUCAUGCCGAGUCUCUUUCUGAACCUGAUCCAGUCAAUGAUGCUCUGUAUGCCAGUGUGAAACCCAGCAGAUCCAGAGGAGAAACUCCUGAAUCCAGAGAUACUGAGGAGAUCCAGUACGCAGCUGUCCAAUAUCACCGAAAGAAAAAAAAAGGAACAGAUCAGAAUACGUUGAUGAAUGUCAGUAUGAUGAUAUAAGAGUUCAUCAGCUGCCAUGAAGUAAGAAAACAACACCUUCACCAGCACAGAUCAUCUAAUCAGAGCUGUAACACUGUUGUGCUGUUUGUUUGGAUAUUUCAAGCAAUCAAAUGUUCAAACUGUGGAAGAUUCAUCUGUAAUCUACAGCAGCAUCAAGUGAAUGAUACAGACCAGUGAACAAAAAGCCUGUGCUCCACUCUUUAAUGAGCGAUUGUUGAAAAAAAUCAAACCACAACCAUUAUAAACAUGUUUAACAUCCCCAUUAAGAUUAAUUUGUUAAGUUUUUCAUCACAAAAUUUUCCACCAUUUUGAAUUGAACAUUUCAUCUUCAGACAUGUCAACUAAAAAGAAAUCAUGUCGAUCAUUCAAAGCAUUUUCGAAUAAUGCGCAAAUACAUUUGCCCAAGAGCUCACUCACUGUUUGACCGAACAUGCUAUAUUUUACGAUUACAUUGGUGUACUGUUACGAAACG